UAUAGAUCAUGGAGCUUUGUGGUGCAACAAGACUUGGUUAUUUUGGAAGAAGCCAGUUCUACAUUGCUUUGAAACUUGUAGCUGUUGCCCAGUCUGGUUUCCCUUUAAGAGUGGAAAGUAUAAAUACAGUAAAGGACCUUCCUCUGCCAAGAUUUGUUGCUUCAAAGAAUGAACAGGAAUCUCGCCAUGCAGCCUCAUAUUCUUCAGAUUCUGAAAAUCAAGGGUCAUAUUCUGGUGUAAUUCCCCCACCACCUGGCAGGGGGCAAGUGAAAAAGGGAUCCGUAACCCAUGAUACGGUUCAGCCUCGUACAUCUGCAGAUGCACAGGAACCUGCAUCCCCAGUAGUUUCACCACAGCAAUCUCCACCAACUUCUCCACACACAUGGAGAAAGCACAGCCGUCAUCCCAGCGGUGGGAAUAGUGAGAGGCCUCUUGCGGGAUCUGGGCCAUUUUGGUCUCCCUUUGGUGAAGCACAGUCAGGUUCUUCUGCUGGUGAUGCAGUGUGGUCAGGGCAUUCCCCACCUCCACCUCAAGAAAACUGGGUCAGUUUUGCAGAUACUCCACCAACCAGUACUCUUUUAACCAUGCAUCCUGCUUCUGUCCAGGACCAGACAACAGUACGAACUGUAGCAUCAGCUACAACUGCCAUUGAAAUUCGUAGGCAAUCCAGUAGUUAUGAUGAUCCCUGGAAAAUAACAGAUGAACAAAGACAGUAUUAUGUAAAUCAGUUUAAAACCAUUCAGCCUGAUCUAAACGGAUUUAUUCCAGGAUCUGCAGCUAAAGAGUUUUUUACAAAAUCAAAACUUCCUAUUCUUGAACUUUCUCAUAUUUGGGAACUCUCAGACUUUGAUAAAGAUGGUGCAUUGACACUGGAUGAGUUUUGUGCUGCUUUUCAUCUGGUGGUUGCUAGGAAGAAUGGCUAUGAUUUACCAGAAAAACUUCCUGAAAGCUUAAUGCCCAAACUGAUUGAUUUGGAAGAUUCAGCAGAUGUUGGGGAUCAGCCAGGUGAGGUAGGUUAUUCAGGCUCUCCUGCCGAAGCUCCUCCAAGCAAGUCACCAUCGAUGCCGUCACUAAACCAGACUUGGCCUGAGCUGAAUCAGAGCAGUGAGCAGUGGGAGACAUUUAGUGAACGCUCUUCAAGCUCACAAACUCUGACCCAAUUUGAUUCUAACAUUGCACCAGCUGAUCCUGAUACUGCUAUUGUUCAUCCAGUUCCCAUUCGUAUGACUCCAAGCAAAAUCCACAUGCAGGAAAUGGAACUUAAAAGAACUGGCAGUGAUCAUACAAAUCCCACUAGCCCAUUACUUGUGAAACCAUCUGACCUUUCAGAAGAAAAUAAGAUAAAUUCAUCAGUGAAAUUUGCUUCUGGUAAUACUGUAGAUGGUUACAGUAGUUCAGACUCUUUUACUUCUGACCCAGAACAGAUCGGGAGCAAUGUAACUCGUCAAAGGUCUCAUUCAGGAACGUCGCCUGAUACCGCCGCACCACCACCUCCCCCUCCAAGGCCACAGCCCUCUCAUUCUAGAUCAUCAUCUUUAGAUAUGAAUCGGACCUUUGCAGUCACCACAGGACAACAACAGACUGGAGUUGUUGCCCAUCCUCCUGCAGUGCCUCCAAGACCACAGCCCUCACAGGCUCCUGGUCCCGCUGUGCAUCGCCCAGUGGAUGCCGAUGGCCUCAUGACUCACACUAGUACCUCACCUCAGCAGAUACCAGAGCAACCAAAUUUUGCAGAUUUCAGCCAGUUUGAAGUAUUUGCUGCAUCAAAUGUAAAUGAAGAACAAGAUGAUGAAGCCGAGAAACAUCCAGAAGUCCUGCCGGUUGAAAAAGCUUCUGAUCCUGCAAGUUCUCUUCGAGUUGCCAAAACAGAUAGUAAAACUGAAGAAAAAACAGCUGCUACUGCUCCCGCCAAUGUGAGCAAAGGCACAACACCUCUUGCUCCACCACCUAAACCUGUUCGAAGAAGAUUAAAAUCAGAAGAUGAAUUAAGGCCAGAAGUUGAUGAACAUACACAAAAGACGGGUGUCUUAGCUGCUGUUCUUGCAUCACAACCUUCUAUUCCCAGAUCUGUUGGGAAAGAUAAAAAAGCUAUUCAGGCAUCAAUUAGACGCAAUAAGGAAACCAACACAGUUUUGGCCAGAUUGAAUAGCGAAUUGCAGCAACAGUUAAAGGAUGUUCUUGAGGAGAGAAUUUCCCUGGAAGUUCAACUGGAACAACUUCGACCAUUCUCUCACCUAUAAGCCAAUUGCCGUUAACUGUGAACAUAGUCAUUUUUAAGUGAUUUUGGGUUCAAAGCCAGUUUGGAGACCCAAACAUUCAGCUCAUUGCUUAAUUCAACAUUAAAUUUUAUGAUUCUGUUUUGCCCUAUAUGUUCACCAUUGUAUUUAAGUAUCUUUUAUUUUUUAAUUUCAACAAUAAAAAGGUCAGGAUGACGUUUUCUGGAGGGUAUAUUGUGUUUGUUGGGACAUCCACCUUUUCUGUUCCAUAGCAUCCAGGAUACAUAAUACUUCUAUGGCUAAAACCACACACGAUUUGAUUUAUAGAAUGGGCUCAUUUACAUCUCAGCCACAUACUCAGAAAUAAAUUGUCAAUUUGCCCUCUUUUAUGUUUAAUAUUUUACAUAAAGCAUCUGUAUUCCAUAAAAAAUCUUUUAAAAGUUUCCCAUUUAAUUUUUUAUUUUAAAGAAUUAUAUUGGAUAAGGCAGUUUUCACCAUAAGCUAAUUUACUCUCUGCAGUAAUAUACAUUCACAAAUCAUGUGGUACGUUCAGGCCUCUUUUACAUGUCAACUUGUGACAAAUAUAAACAUGUUAGAUUUUA